AUGGCUGAGCCACAGGCUGUUGGCCUUUACCAAAAGGCGCACGACAUUUUUCGUGGCACCUACGUCCAGGCCGUACUAUUGGGCCUCAUCAGUUUUACUCAACCCGGCAUAUGGAACGCCAUGAACAGUCUUGGAGCUGGUGGGCAAGCUGAGCCAUAUGUCGUCAACGCCGCCAAUGUCAUUACCUUUGUGGUCAUGUUCGUUUUGUCUCCUCUGGCUAGUAUCGCCGGCAACAUCAUCGGUCUACACUGGGUCGUCGUGUUUGGCACCAUUGGCUACGUGCCGUACUCAGCUGCACUAUACGUCAACUCCACGAACGGAACGCAAUGGUUUCUCAUCUUUGGGGCUGUGACGUGCGGUCUCUCGGCUACCGCGCUGUGGACUGGCGAAGCGGCCAUGGCAGUCGGAUACCCUGAGAUUCGAAGACGAGGCAUCUGCAUCGGAAUAUGGCUCGCACUUGGAAAACUUGGUUCCAUCAUCGCCUCAGCCAUCCAGCUCGCCCUCAACAAGGACAGCUCCUCCAAGGGCGCCAUCUCCACCAAAACGUACCUCGUCCUCAUCGCAAUCCAGUGUCUAGGUCUCCCUCUUGCUCUCCUUCUUGCACCAGCACACAAACUCGUCCGUUCAGAUGGAAAGAAGCCGACAUUUGGCUCGACGAACCGUUCGUUCAAGGCUCAAGUCCGAGGCUAUCUUGCCCAAUUCCGUCGUCGUGAAGUUCUCCUCUUGAUACCGGCUUUCAUCACAGCUCAGUGGGGAGUCACAUACCAGGGAAACUAUCUCGCCGCCUACUUCACAGUGAGAGCGCGCACAUUGGCAGGCUUUCUCGUAGCCAUUGUCGGCGCUAUCGUCAAUGUCAUUGCUGGUUGGUGGCUGGACACAAAGCAUCUAAAGAGAUCCACCCAGGCCCGGAGCAUGUGGUACUUUCUCCUGGCUCUAUUCACUCUUGUCUGGAUCUGGAACCUUGUCAUUCAAACUCGAUGGGCCAAGGAGAGCCCUGGAGACAUUGACUGGAGCAGUCGCAAUUUCAGGGUGGGCGUUGCGAUCUUCAUUCUCUACAGAAUUGCAUACGAAACCGUCGGCCUGUGGCUGUACUGGGGUCUUGGAACAUUCGACACGGACCUCGAUGCCAUCACCCUCUCCAUGGCGGUCUUGCGAGGCGGUGAAUCACUUGGCUCGGCGUUGGCGUACGCGGUUGGCUCAGUACGAAGCGCAUCGCUCAUGACCAAUCUGAUUGUCGCCACUGUCGUGUUUUACGCCGCUGUUCCUUUUACAACUUGGGCGGCCCACUUGAUCAAGGAUCGCGAUGUGGUGGAGGGUGAUAUUAGCAGUGAGAACGAGGGGGAGGCUUCCAGCUCACAGGGUACGGAGGAUCAGACUGUUGAACGUGUAACCACAAGGUUGAGUCUCAAGAAUUGA